UGUUUUUGUCACUUGCAAGUGUUCAAGUGUUCCUUUUUUUUUUAUUUCGUUGGAUUGUCCAUUGUCGCCCAUCUAGAGACAUUUCUUCUCGGCAGUUUGUUUUGUUUCAUCCUUUUAUUGACCCUUACAAGUGUUUUUUUUUUAUCAUUUUGAUACCAUUCAGCAUAGUUGUUCAACAGGUUGGUGUUUUGUCCGUGUUUUUCCGUUUGGAAUGUCUAGCAGCAUUUUGCAUGUUGAUUUUGUUCUUUGACAAACAGUUUGUAGAGUAGCUUGUAGGCAGGUCAUUUGCUGGAACUGGGCUUUAUCUCUCUCGGGGGCAGACAUUUCGUUUUUGGUACAGAACGAGACUCCUAUCAGCUUGUCACACAUACCGCCAAUGCCGCAUACCCUGCACUCCGCCCAUCAGCACUUUGACCAUUAUGAUACCCAUUCAUCAAAGGGCCACUACAGCUAUCCAACGCCUUUGGGUGAGGACUCUGUUAGGAUGGAUAUCGACAGUGGAAUCGACAUGACGGCGUACAGCCCGGCGGAUCUCUUUCGGGCUUUGAUGGACGGAGACGGCGGCAAUGUGGCUGCGACAACGAGAGUAGAGGUGGAUCAUCGAGCGAACAUGUAUGGUGGAAAGGGCUUUCCUCACCAGCCAGAGCCCUCGUCUUUAUCUUUGGACGCUUUGGAGCUACCCGAUGGACUGAUGGCAGAUUCGAUCCACCAUAUCAAUCGAGGUUCAGGUCAGUCGGAAUCGGGGCAGGAUAUGGUGUGGGAUUCAUCUUCCUCCUUUAUGGAGACGUUGAUGUCUCCUGACCUACCAACUACCACUUUUAUCCAUGACGCAUCGAAUGCACCUGUUCCUCCCGCUUCCUCGACGACAACCAUGCAACCCUGGAUGACCUCUCCACCAUCGCCAGCAGUGCACUAUCAACUUUCUCCCCUUACCGGCCCUCAUCCCCCGCCCGUUAUUCCUCAUGAAUCAUAUUCAACAGAACCAACUUCUCACCCAAUCCUCCCCUCAGCAGAUAGCGUCCUUUGUCAUGACACUCACCAUCGACAUGCGCUUCCUAGCCGUGAACGUUUUCCGCUAGAGAUCCCUCGGCAUACGUAUCAACCGAUGCGGAAUGCCGCACUGAUUCGGCGAUCAGUGUCCCUCACUAAUUUGCAUCAACAGCAACAGUACGUUUCUCAGCAUGCAGCUAUGACGCAUGGGGCAUUACCGAUAGUUUCGCCGUCGUUGUCUGCUUCCGGAGAUCCAUAUGUUUGGGUAAAUUCACCAUUACUCCUACCGGUUGCUACACCAACGUCUCAGCACAUGACCGGAGGAUACGCUGCCACAGCUGCAUCAGCUAGUCCGGUGCAAUUACCAGUUGUGGGCUCAUCGCCCUCCCUGGUUCCAUGUGAACCAAGCGCAGGCUCAAAGAUGGCGUCCGAAAGACACACUUUCAAAAGUCCGCGCAUAUUACCAUCGAGGAAACCGCGUAGGCGAUCUAGAACCGAUGGAAGUGAUGGAUGGGAAGAGUCGCUUGGCGGGCCAACAGAGUCUUCCUCUGGAGUACCUCCUGGAGGAGUGAACUCCUCUUUGGAUUAUAUCACACCUCCCCAUCAGCCACAUGAUCCUCAGGCAUCGUCUACGGAAUUGCCCAUGGUUGAUAUGCCUCCGGCGACCAUGACCGCUUCGUCUCAGAUGAAGACUGCCACGGCUGCUGUCACAAGCGCAUCACACAGCAAACCGGACUCGCCACCACCAACACCCCCGCUUUCCGCAAAAGUAACCACCACACCUACACAAUCCGAACUACUCGCUCGCCCACCACUGCCUUCAUCCCCUGCAUCAGACAGCAAGCCAUCUGUCAAGACACCCCACAAAGUGUCGGAGAAAAGGCGAAGAGAACUUCUCAAAGGAUGCUUUGACGAGCUGAUUGCCCUCCUACCUUUUGAUAAUUGGUCAAAUGACGAUUACUUGGACGACGAUGAUGAACGUGAUACAAAGAGUGGAAAAGGACGAGGAAAGAAGCAACCGAAUCGAAUUGAAAUUCUGCAUCGGACAGUCAGGUAUAUUGAUGGGAUGGUGCAGAGACAGCGGGAGAUGGAUGAUGAGAUGGAGAGGCUGAGGAGGGAACUGGCUGCAUUACACUUGAGUAAGAAUGGACAAUGAGCAAGCAUUCUGGGACUGUGUCUUGGACUUUUGGGGACAUUCAUGACGAUAGGUCUUACAAUGCCAUUCUAUCUUCGUACAUAUCAUAUAUCACAUAGUGCAAUUUUAUAAUAUACAUAAUAGUUCCUUUGACGCUUUUCCUAA